AUGACGUUGCCACGGAGGAGGCGUGGUCAAACCCGCCCCUGCUUUUCGGCGCUAGGGAGUCUGAGUCUAGGGCUGGAGAGAUCGCCGGGGAGCAUCGCCACCACUCCUGCACGGAGCCUCGCCUGGCCGAGCACUGCACCGUGCACACGUCGGGAUUGCACAAAAUUCCUCAAAAAUAUACCUGCUAUUUAUGGCAUGUGGCUGAUAACAUUACUCCUGCUGUAUUCUUUUAAAGAAGUGAACAGUGAGGAUGUGGUCUCGACACGGCUGUACUUUGUGAACGCCUCCCUGCAGAGAGUGACCUUCUCCAGCUCAGUGGGGGUGUCCCUGCCCUGCCCAGCAGGUGGCGCCCCCCAUGCAGUCCUCCGCUGGUACCUGGCUACUGGCGACGACAUCUACGACGUGCCCCACAUCCGCCAUGUCCAUGCCAACGGCACGCUGCAGCUCUACCCCUUCUCUCCAUCUGCCUUCAACAGCUUCAUCCAUGACAAUGACUACUUCUGCACUGCAGAGAACCAGGCUGGCAAGAUUCGCAGCCCCAGCAUCCGUGUCAAAGCAGUGUUCAGGGAGCCAUACACGGUUCGUGUGGCCGAUCAACGGUCCAUGCGGGGCAACGUGGCUGUCUUCAAGUGCCUCAUUCCUUCAGCCGUGCAGGAGUAUGUCAGUGUGGUCUCCUGGGAAAAGGACACCGUUGCCAUUAUUACAGGUAAUAGGUUCUCCUUGACAUUAUAUGGGGCCCUGUACAUAUCAGACGUGCAGAAGGAGGACGCGCUUUCUACUUACCGCUGCAUUACCAAACACAAAUACAGUGGAGAGACCCGACAGAGCAAUGGUGCUCGUCUCUCUGUGUUGGAUCCUACUGAGUCCACACCCUCAGUGAUGGACAGCUUCCAGUCAGGUGAAGUGCAGGUGGGUCGCAGCGUGGAGCUACCAUGCAUUGCCUCAGGCUUCCCCAAUCCCACUAUCCGUUGGUUGAAGGAUGGCAGGCCACUUCCGGCUGACUCCCGCUGGACCAGGCGUCUCACAGGCCUUACCAUCAGUGACCUACGCAUGGAGGAUUCGGGCAACUACAUCUGUGAGGUCACCAAUAGCUUUGGCUCUAAGGAGGUCACAGGAUACCUCAAUGUGAUAGAGCCACUAAGGGUCACUGUCUCCCCUAAAAACUUGAAGACAGGUAUCAGCAGUACAGUGAUCCUGUCCUGUGCUGUUCAAGGUUCUCCUCAUUUCAGUGUGUCCUGGUUCCGGAACACAGAGCCUGUACUUCCUGACCAGCACUUCUCCAUUCAGGGUACCAACAAUGAGACUCUGUUCAUCACUGCUGCCCAGAAAAGACACUCAGGCGCGUACCAGUGCUUUGCUACUCGCAAGGGUCAAACAGCCCAGGACUUCUCCAUUAUAUUGCUGGAAGAUGGUACACCAAGGAUUGUCUCAUCCUUCAGUGAACGUGUGGUGGCACCAGGUGAACCCUUCUCCCUAAUGUGUGCAGCCAAAGGUGCCCCUCCACCCACCAUCACCUGGACCCUGGAUGAUGAGCCGAUCGCUCGGGACUCGGCGCACCGGGCCAGUCAGUACACGCUCUCGGACGGCUCCACUGUAUCGCAUGUUAACGUCAGCAACCCACAGAUCCGCGAUGGGGGCGUGUACCGCUGCGCUGCACGCAACUCGGCCGGUAGCGCCGAGUACCAAGCGCGCAUAAACGUAAGAGGCCCCCCAAGUAUCAGGGCCAUGCGCAACAUUACAGCUGUGGCUGGGCGCAACACCUUCAUCAAUUGCCGUGUGAUCGGCUACCCAUACUACUCCAUCAAGUGGUACAAAGAUGGCAUGCUGUUGCCAGACAACCAUCGGCAGGUGGUAUAUGAGAAUGGUACACUCAAGCUCAGUGAUGUGCAGAAAGGAAUGGAUGAGGGAGCGUACCUGUGCAGUGUGCUCAUCCAACCCCAGCUCUCUAUCAGCCAGACUGUCUAUGUCACUGUCAAAGUCCCCCCUCUCAUUCAGCCUUUUGACUUCCCCCCUACUUCAAUUGGUAAACUGAUGUACAUAGCAUGUGUGGUUUCAUCUGGGGACAUGCCGAUCCGGAUAACAUGGCGCAAAGAUGGUCAGGAGAUUGUGUCUGGCACUUCUGGUGUUACUAUUGAGACCAAGGAGUUCAUGAGCUCAUUGCAGAUCUCCAAAGUUUCCCUAAAGCACAACGGCAACUACACUUGCAUCGCCAGCAACGAUGCAGCCACCGUCAGUUCUGAAAGGCAGCUUAUAGUCACUGUCCCUCCUCGUUUCCGAGUUCAGCCUAACAACCAGGACGGGAUCUAUGGAAAAUCUGGCGUUCUUAAUUGCUCUGUGGAUGGUUAUCCCCCUCCCAAAGUCAUGUGGAAACAUGCCAAAGGUAUUGGAAACCCACAGCAAUACCAUCCAGUUCCUCUGACUGGCCGCAUCCAGAUCAUGCCAAAUGGUUCUCUUCUGAUCAGACAUGUUUUGGAGGAGGAUCGUGGCUACUAUUUAUGCCAGGCCAGCAAUGGUGUGGGCUCAGAUAUCAGCAAGAGCAUGUUGCUGACAGUCAAAAUUCCAGCUAUGAUCACCUCUCAUCCCAACACAACUAUGGCUAUAAAAGGACAAAAUAAAGAACUAAACUGCACUGCCAGGGGUGAGUACCCAAUUAUCAUUCGCUGGGAACGUGGGGACACUGUCAUCGACCCUGACCGUAAUCCUCGCUACUCAAUCACCACUAGCCCCAAUGAGAAGAGUGAUGAGGUGAUUUCCACGCUGAAGCUGAAGCCAGCUGAGCGUGGGGACUCUGUGUUCUUCUCAUGUCAUGCUAUCAACUCCUAUGGAGAAGGCCGUGGCCUCAUUCAGUUGACUGUGCAAGAGCCUCCUGAUCCUCCAGAGUUAGAAGUACGUGAGGUAAAAGAUCGCAGUAUGAACUUAAGGUGGACCCAGAGAUUUGAUGGGAACAGCCUCAUUACCAGUUAUGAUAUUGAAUACAAAAACAAAUCUGAUCCAUGGGAACUGAAGCAUGCUACACGCAAAAUUUCCCCAACUAAUAACCAGGCCAACAUAGUGGAGCUGCAUCCUGCUUCUGUCUACAGCAUUCGUAUGUACUCAUACAACAAAAUUGGCCGUAGUCAGGCCAGCAAAGAGCUGACUAUCAGCACGGAGGAAGCAUCUCCUGAUGGGCCGCCCAUGGAUGUCAUUCUGCAGCCUAUGACAUCACAAAGUAUCCGUGUUACAUGGAAGGCUCCCAAGAAGGAGCUCCAGAACGGUGUAAUCCGUGGCUAUCAGAUUGGCUACAGAGAGAAUGGGCCUGGCAGUAACGGCCAGUACAGCAUAGUGGAGAUGAAGGCAACUGGUGACAGUGAGGUGUAUACGCUGGAUAACCUGAAGAAAUUUGCCCAGUAUGGAGUGGUUGUUCAGGCCUUUAAUCGAGCUGGAACAGGUCCAUCGAGUUCUGAGAUCAAUGCUACCACACUAGAAGACGUGCCCAGCCAGCCUCCUCAAAAUGUGCGGGCCAUCACAGUAACAUCUGAUGAGGCAGUGAUUACAUGGUCAGAGCCUCCACGGAUGACCCUAAAUGGGGUCCUGAAAGGAUAUCGUGUGGUUUUCUGGUCCCUUUUCCCUGAUGGAGAAUGGGGUGAGAUGCAGAACAUUACUACAGUACGCGAGCAAGUGGAGUUAAAAGGCUUGGAAAAGUUCACAAACUACAGUGUCCAGGUGUUGGCCUACACACAGGCAGGGGACGGUGUCCGCAGCAAUGUUCUCUACAUACAGACACGAGAGGACUACCCUGGCCCUCCAGCAGGCAUCAAAGCUGUCCCCUCCUCUGCCAGCAGUGUUGUGGUAUCCUGGCUCCCUCCGAACAAGCCAAAUGGCAUCAUCAGGAAAUACACCAUUUACUGCUCCAGCCCUGGAUCAGCCCAACCAGCUCCCAGUGAAUAUGAGGCAAACCCAGAAGUACUAUUUUACCGCAUCACCCACCUGAAUCAAGGACAGCAGUACCUUAUCUGGGCAGCAGCUGUUACCACUGCUGGUCGGGGAAAUAUCAGCGAGAAGGUCACUGUGGAGCCUGCUUUAAAGGCUCCUGCUAAGAUACUAUCUUUUGGAGGUACAGUUACCACUCCCUGGAUGAAAGAGGUACGGCUGCCCUGUAGUUCAGUUGGGGAGCCAGCUCCGACAAUUAAAUGGACCAAAGACAGCGAGAACACUGCUAUUCCUGUCUCUCAGGAUGGCCAGCGGAACAUUCUGGCAAACGGAACGCUGUUGUUGCGCUCUGUAAAAGCAGAGGAUUCUGGGUACUAUACCUGCACAGCCACCAACACACUAGGAUUUGAUACCAUAAUUGUGAACCUUCUAGUGCAAGUCCCUCCAGAUCAGCCACGUUUAACAGUCUCCACCACCUCAACCUCUUCUAUUACUCUGGCUUGGAUCCCUGGAGACAACGGAGGAAGCUCCAUCAGAGGCUUUGUGCUACAGUACUCUGUGGAUAACACAGAAGAGUGGAGAGAUGUGUUCAUUAGCUCCACUGAGCGUUCUUUCAAGCUGGAUAACCUCCGCUGUGGCACCUGGUAUAAGGUCAAGCUAGCUGCCAAGAACAGCGUGGGAGCUGGUAGGAUAAGUGAAAUCAUUGAGGCAAAGACUCAUGGCAGAGAGCCGCAGUUCAACAAGGACCAGCCCCUGUUCACUCACAUCAACUCCACCCAUGCUCGGCUCAAUCUCCAGGGCUGGAGCAGCGGUGGCUGCCCCAUUAAUGCUGUGCUACUUGACUUCCGGCCUAAAGGCACCUAUGCCUGGCAAAGCGUACGCACCAAUGGCACAACUGAUGUCUUCCUGGCUGAGUUGCGUGAAGCCACCUGGUACGAACUGAAGAUGAAGGCUUGCAACAGUGCUGGCUGUGGCAACCAGACCUCCCAGUUUGCCACACUUGACUACGAUGGCAGUACCAUUCCCCCAAUCAAGUCUGCACGUGGGGAAGGUGAUGAUGUAAAGAAGCUGUUCUCCAUUGGUUGUCCAGUCAUUCUAGUUACACUGGGCAUGGCCCUCCUCUUCAUCAUUCGAAAAAAACGCAAGGAGAAGAGGCUGAAAAGACUUCGAGAUGCUAAGAGUUUGGCUGAAAUGUUGAUCAGCAGUAAGAACAACCGCAGUUUUGACACCCCAGUGAAGGGCCCACCCCAGGGGCCAAGGCUGCACAUAGAUAUACCCCGUGUACAACUGCUUAUUGAAGAUAAGGAGGGCAUCAAACAGAUUGGUGAAGACAAAGCCACCAUCCCGGUGACAGAUACUGAGUUCAGCCAAUCAGUAAACCCCCAGAGCUUCUGCACAGGCGUGUCUGUACAUCACCCUGCCCUCAUUCAGAACACUGGUCCCUUAAUUGACAUGUCUGAUAUUAGACCUGGAACAAAUCCAGUGUCAAGGAAGAGUGUUAAGUCAGCUCACAGUACAAGGAACCGUUACUCAAGUCAGUGGACCCUUACAAAGUGUCAGGCAUCCACACCUGCCCGCACCCUGACCUCUGACUGGCGUACUGUUGGCUCCCAGCAUGGUAUCACUGUAACAGAAAGUGACAGCUAUAGUGCCAGUCUGUCCCAGGAUACAGACAAGGGCCGUAACAGCAUGGUUUCAACAGAGAGUGCUUCCUCUACAUACGAAGAAUUGGCUCGUGCUUACGAGCACGCCAAGCUGGAAGAGCACCUGCAGCAUGCUAAGUUUGAGAUCACAGAGUGCUUCAUUUCAGACAGUUCUUCGGAUCAGAUGACCACAGGUACUAAUGAAAAUGCUGACAGCAUGACAUCAAUGAGCACGCCAUCCGAGCCAGGCAUCUGCCGCUUCACAGCAUCUCCACCAAAACCACAGGACUAUGACCGUGGCAAGAAUGUAGCGGUGCCAAUUCCACACCGUGCCAACAAGAGUGAGUACUGUAAUCUCCCCCUGUAUAUGAAGACAGAGCCAUUCUUCCGCAAACAAGCUGAGUUGCAUGACCCAUGCCCAGUGGUACCACCACGUGAAGCUUCUAUUCGAAGUUUGGCGGCUCGUGCCUACCACACACAGGGCCGCCACAUGACAUUAGACCCAUCCAAACAGGCCCUGACGCUCAGCCAUGGUGGCUUAAGUAGCCUAACCAGCUCAGGAGCAUCAGGGCCAGCCUCCAGCACCACCACAGGUGGCUCCAGCAUCAGCUCGGGCACAUCCACUUUGCCCCAAAGGACUCUUACCAUGCCCAGCUCCUCCUCCACCUCCUCAGCUGGUCAAAGCACCGGAGCUGCUGGAGCUGCAGCUGGUGCUGUGGCCAGUUCUGGCUCCACAGGGGGAGGUGGCGUAAGCAGCAGCUCCAAGGUUGGUGGUUCAAGAGACUCUCUGCUGGAGAGCAGCUCAUCUGGAUUGGGCAGACUGCAGAAGCAGAGUGCUGGGGCAUAUUCAAAGUCCUACACACUGGUGUAGGUGCUGUUCUCCCUCCUCCACACACAUAAAAACAUAUAUAAUUGCAUACAUUAAGAUACAUUUAGUGUCUGCCUGGCACAAGGUGGUAAACAAACUGUGCACUGACUGGACUUAUCCACCACAGGGGUCUCUUUCGCACUGUCCUUUCUUUCUCUUUCUCCCUUGCUCCUAUUUCCACCCUAACCUAUUUUUCUCUGUUUGCCCCCCUUCCCCCCUUCGCAUACUAUGUUCCUCCUUUGGCCAUCUGUCUUCAAUUAUACUAUGCCAAACCUAUAUUUUUUCACUUUUCUUCUUUUUGUUCCUUUUGAUUUCUUUCUCCACUGAAGACACCUUGGACCUUAUGCACAAAUUACAUUUGAUGUGCACUUGUUAAUUUGACUACCUGAGAGUAGGAAAAUUCAACAGUUUUAAAAUAUAUAUUGUUUCACACUAAUAUGUCUAGAUGUUUUUAAGGAGAUAAAUAUGUUUCUUUUUUAUGUCUCUUGCAAAAGAAUAAGCAUUGCCUCGGAAAGUGCUUAUGCAUAAAGAAAAGCAGGCUUGGUGUCUUUUUUUCCCUUCCUAGUCAGGCUGGUUUGGACAAGUCCGUGAUUGUGGCGUAUGCUGAUAAAGUUAAGUAUUUGGAUUUUUUUUUUUCAUACAGCUGAUAAACACAGUACAAAGUGUUAAUGACUAUUUUAAAAACAAAACUGAAAAAGAAAAACUGGAGCCAUUUUACGGAGGAUGGAUUUUUUCCCCAUUAUUUAUUUAUUUAUUUAUUUAUUUUACAUUUCUAGACUUUUCUCAGGCCUUCGCAUGUGGGUCUGUCUGAGUGUGCAUGUGUGUUUAUAUAUGUAAGUAUAUAUGUACACAUGUUAUAGGCACACAUCAUCAGAAGGCCCAGGCAUUUGGGUUGGAUCUUUGGGGACAGAAGAAAAAUACAAACAGGGGUGUAAAGCUUUUCCCUGCAUUCUGCUCUGCUUCAAUAUUGAAAUAUAGCACUUACUGUCAAGCGAUAGAGAAAAUGGAAGACUAAUAAGGUGGACAGAUCUACCAUACAGCAAAAUUAAUUGACACUUGCAGUGCUCAUUUUUGUCCAGAGUUAAUACUAUAGGUGUUUUUUUUUCUGUGUCACCUGUUCCCCAAUGCUCUAUAUUCCUUAACUAUAACUAUGUAAGGAUGGCUUCUGUUCUGAUGUCUGUUUUCUGUGCUUGAUUCACCUUCCCCUUUCUCAUGUAAACAUCUCACAGAUUUUUAUGGAUGGACAGAGCAAAGGUGUGUCAAGAAUUGAAGAAUGAGGGAUCAGAAAUAGAGGGAAUUGCAAGUGUAUGUAAUAGCAAGAUAUCUGCUGAUGUCUGAAAAGCGUGUCUUCAUUGCAAGUACUUGUUUUUACCUCCACCAGAGGGCGGUAUUGACCCAUGGCUGCAGUGACAUAGAUACCAGCUUUUGUUAGUAAGGGUGAAUGCAGUGAACAGUGGAGGCAAACUGCAAGAAAAGAAGUGAUGAUGAAGUGAUAAUGAAGUGUUAAUGCAUCUCUCUCUCUCAUGUCCUUAAAACACCAACCAAACCUUGUACAAGACAAGUUUCACACUGCACAAUAUUAAAUGAACCAAAAAGUAAAAAAACAAAAAACAAAACAAAAAAAAAACCAACAAAAAAAAUCAAGCAAACAAACAAACAAACAAAAAAAACAUUGGCUGAUGGGCAUGUAGAGCUGAAAACAUACUGGUAAAACUCUUUCAUUCACUGGUCCAAAAUACAGCAGUGGGAUUGCCAAGUGCAUGUACAAAAAAACACACAAAAAGCAAAAAAAAAAAAAAAAAACACUAAAAAACACCCAAAAAAACACAAAAAAACCCCACAAAAAUCAUGUGAGAAUGGAGAACAUGGUGAAAGUGCUAAAUAAAUGAUUAGAUAAUCAUAUAAAUAACUAGUUUUAAAACAUUUUUUGUACCACAUCCAUCUUCUAUUGUCUCUUAUUGUUUGUUUUACAUUCAUCAAAUAUCCAGAACUCUUUGCAUUUUAGCAGCUCUACAGCUCUGUCCUUUGGCUCAGUUUGCACCUCACAGCUCGGUUUAGCAGCUCUCAUGUUCAAAAAAUACACAAAACACAACAUAAAAUACAUGGAAUGUCCAGUUUGCUUCCUGCAGUUGGGUCAGUUCAGGGUCAAGUCACUCUCCCACUGCAGUGGAACUGUGUUUGAAAACGGACAGUGAGCACCUCACGGACACACUCUGACUUGUUGUUUUUAGUCUUAUUGCAACUGCUGUGUUCUCAAAUGCCUAAAUUAAUCACACCGAGGGGAAAACACACAAAUGUUCAAUUCAAAUGGACCAAACACGCCAUAUGUGAAAGAAUCCUUAAUUAUCUGGUCUCCCUCCCCUGAGCCCCAAAGCCAAGCCUAACUAAAUGUUAAAAAAUUUUAUUCUAAAAAACUAUUCACAGACUUCAACAGACAAAACACUACAUCAGGGCUCCUGCAAUACAGAAAAGAAAAAAGAAAAUAUAUUACAAUGUUUCUUCAAAAAAAUAUCUAUAUAUAGGCAUAUAUAGAUAAAGAUAUAUAUAUAGAUAUAUAUUUCUACUUAAAGAUAAAGUGAAUAUAUAAUUGAUUAGAAAAGAAAUAUGUCAUAUCUAAUUGAAUAAAGAAAUAAUAUAUAUAUAUAUAUAUAUAUAUGUAUAUAUAUAUAAAAAGAUUUGAAGACAAUCGCUCAGAGCAGCAUAACAAAAGAAGAGGUUGAUCACAAAAGGAGAGAUAAAAGAAUAACAAAUGUAACAACCAACAAAAAUACCUGUGUGUUAAGGUUUGGAGUCUUAUAAUUAGAAGCUUCUGCUCAGAAAGUUUGCUAUUCAAGAAUCAGAAUGAAAGAGAUCAGCAAUUAUCUAGAAUGAUGUAAAAUGCAAAUCAAAUCUACAGUCCAAUAUGUAGUCAGAUGUUUAGGUGCAUUAAUAUAGUCACAUGACAUUUAUUAUUACAGUGGUGUCUUAAAGGCCAGUGGAAGUAUUGAUAUCAGACAUGAUUGCACACAAUUUAAUAUAUACUUAUAGCAUGGAUGAAAACUACACCACUGAAAUUAAUUUGGUGAGCACUUUCACAUUGUAGCCAGAGGAUGAAAACAUCUUCAGAGCCCUAUUUACUCUAUAAAUCAUUAUUGCUGCCUUUCAGCAGGUGUUCAGUGUGUAGUGUAUUAGAAAUAACCAAUAUGUUAACUCAUGUAUUGACCAAAUUCACCAUGUUACUAUCAUGGCAUUCAGCCUUUUCCUACUCACCAAAACUUUUAUUAUCAUUAUUGAAAAGUGUAAUUCAGAUAAGGGAAAUAAUGUAAAUGUUUGAAGUGUGGUUAAGAUUUACACUUCAAUUAAGGCAUGAUUGAUUUGAUUCAGUCAGUUGAACAGAUAAGGCAGUAGAUACUUAUAAUAGAUACUUACUCAUUUUUAAACACACACACACUGUUUUUAUACUCCCAUCCUAAACCCAAAAUUAAAAAAACUAAACAUUUGUUUCUCUUUCAUUUAGGAAAACAUUAAUAUAAUUUACCAAAAAUGAUACAGAACUUGUGUAUAACUUUGUAACUUUGCCUUGGAUGUCUGCCUACAAAGAUCAGAUUGGUUGGAUCGUGUAGGUUAGGCAGCCAAUUAAACAAACACAGUAGUAAAAACAGUCAGUCUGUCUAAAAAUGUCUAAACCCUUGCUAGUGAAGUGUGGUUCUCUAACACAAUGAAGAUCACACUUUAAUGAAGUUGUUGGAUAGUUACUCUCCAUAGCAAAACGGCCAUGAGCUUAAUCAGUUGUAUUUGUAAUAAGAUUAAAAAAAAAAAAAAAAUCAUUCUGUACUUGCACCUUCACAUUAUAAUUGAGUGCUAACACACUAUGUACAGAUGACAAUGGACAAAGUUUUCAAAUGUUUAAAUAAACUAAUAACAAUAUAUUAAUAAAAAGAAAUUAAACCCACAUAAAAGAGGUGAUUGAAUUCAUCAGUGACUAAUUCCUCGCAAAUGUAAGUGUGAACGGAGAUCAGCUGAGUGAAGUGAUGACAAUGAGGCUUGUGUUUAAAUGCUGUGAGUGAUAUUGACCCCAGGUGAUGAGGUUUCAUUAAGACUGUGCCAUUCUCUCUGUGGACAUACAGUAUUCAUACUUGUUCAGACAUUCCAUGCACUUUUUUAAAAAAAAAUAACCACUGGAAAUACUCACAAUGGACUGAUGUGACUUUCAGUUUUUCAUUUUAAUAUGUAUGAUCUCCUGUUUGGUUUGUCUUAUUUUUCUUUAUGUGAUUGCUUCUGUUGAGAAAUGCAGUUGUUAUGCAGUGGGGCAGGCCUGUUUAGCCAGUUGAAAUCAGGGAUCCUGUAGUUACCAGUAAUCACAGGAAAAGCUGUGUUGAUAUUGGGUGGAGUCAGGAAUCAAUCCCCAUCCACCCUGUGUGGCCAAUUUCCUCAACCAAUCAGAUUUCCUGCUUUACCCAGGCCCCUCCUGUCAGUACAAUUUCUGCAGAUAAUGACUCUUGUAUAUAAGAAAGUGUUUUGUAUAAAUAACUACUAUUUUCGACAUCUCCAGGAAAGAAAAACCAGGGCACAAUUGAAAAAAAAACUCUGUUUAAAGAUCUAACUUUAAGUGUUAGGGGAUUAAAAUAUAUAAAAUGUAAUAAAAAAAAAUAGCAUACACAUUAUUUUUUUGUUUUUAAUGGGUCUAUAUAAAUGUGUGUGUGUGUGUGUGUGUGCGUGUGUGUGUGUGUGUGUGCGUUUGUAUGUAUGUGUACGUGUAUGUGUGUGGAAAAUGUGCACACACACACACACACACACACACACACACACACACAAAUUCUCUUAAAAAGAUUUAAUGGGAUUUAUUAAUGGUUUAACUGUUUUAUUAAUUUCAGUAGGUUUUGUUUAUUUCUUUUUUAACGUUUGGCUAUCUUGAAGAAAAUGGUAUUGCAUGCACUGAACAGUUUGCAGAAUAUAAAAACAUAAGGGAAAUGGAAGUGAAAAUAAUUAAAAGAAAAUGUUUGGAUUUUUUUUUUUGAUUGAUUGUUUGUUUGUUUGUUUGUUUGUUUGUUUGUUUGUUUUUUAACUGCAGAUAGGAUUCCUAAAACUUUAUGGGAAAAAUGCUUCAAUUUCCAAUUGCUUGUGUUUAACUGUACAGUUUUUUUUCUAUAAAUCAAAACAAAACAGAAAAGUACUCCAACACCUGGGCAAUAAAACUAUCUUUCUAUGA